AGUGCUUCGCCACAUCAGAUCCAUAUAUACGCAUAUACAUACAUAUACAUAUAUGCACGCAUAUAUAUAUAUAUAUAUGUAUAUGCACACACACUUGUUCAUGGGUGUCGGUGAGUGUGUUAUGUGCGUAUAAAUGUAAAUAUAUGUACAUGAAGAAGACGAUGCAGAUGAACUAAAAUAGCGGAAGCGGAAAUUCUUCACAAGUUGCCAAAUUUGGAAGAAAUUUUUUUCACCGAUUACAAAAGAAAGACAAAGUUCGACGAAAUUCAGGCGGUCGCGAAGAUUUUGUUUUUGUCAUUUCAUUUGAAUUUUGACCAUUUUUUUUCGAAGAGAAGCGGCCGCCGAGGUUAACCGUCACCACCGCAGACGCCGGCCGUUCUUUAAUUUUCCGGCGGAAUUUUGGAGGAAAACGGGGAAAGCGAUGAAGGGGAGGAUAUCGAAGAUCGGAAGCUAUGCGAUCGCGUCUUCCAUUAGAGACCAGCAUCAGCAACCUUGCAUCUCCUGUACCACUUUCAACAUCCUCGCUCCGAUCUACAAGCGCCUCUCUCAGAAGGAUCAGAGUCAACGAGAAAGCGAUUGCAGGGCGUAUUGGAUGGGCAGGAAUCACAGAAUUCUCGAUUGGCUAUUGUACGAGAGAUCUUCCAUUAUUUGUUUGCAGGAGUUUUGGGUAGGCAACGAAGAACUUGUUAAUUUGUACGAGAAGAGACUAGGCGACGCUGGUUAUCUGAGCUACAAGCUUGCUCGAACCAACAACCGUGGUGAUGGUCUUCUCACAGCUGUACACAAGGACCAUUUCAGAGUUGUCAACUACAGGGAGUUGCUCUUCAACGAUUGUGGAGAUCGUGUUGCACAAUUACUACAUGUUGAGUUAGCUCCUCCCUUGUCUAAUUGUCCGACGAACAACGGCUCAAGCCAAGAAGUUCUCAUCGUAAACACCCACUUGUUGUUCCCUCAUGAUUCAACUCUAUCGAUAGUAAGGCUCCAGCAGGUAUAUAAAAUUCUUCAGUACGUGGAAUCUUAUCAGAAAGAAGUCAAUCUCACUCCCAUCCCUAUAAUUCUUUGCGGAGAUUGGAAUGGAAGUAAACGUGGCCAUGUGUACAAGUUUCUCAGGUCACAGGGUUUUGUGUCGUCUUAUGACACUGCUCAUCGGUAUACAGACGCAGAUGCUCAUAAGUGGGUAAGCCACCGCAAUCAUCGGGGGAAUAUAUGUGCCGUCGACUUUAUCUGGCUUCUCAACCCUAAUAAGUACAGAAAGCUACUAGAAACAAGUUGGAGUGAAGCAGUGUUCGGCAUGUUCAAGUAUCUACUGAGGAGAGCCUCGCUGACAGCAGAAGAUGCUUUCGCCUUUUUGAAAGCCGACAACGACAAUGAUGUUGAAUACAUAACUUACGUGGGCUUCUGUGAGGCUCUUCGGCAGCUCAAUCUUACGGGUCACUGCAAUGGACUCACUAGGAAAGAGAUCAGGGAUCUAUGGGUCCAGGCUGACAUUGAUGGAAAUGGUGUUCUUGAUUACAAAGAGUUUCAGCAAAGAAUAUGGAAUCCCACAUGGUCAGAACAGAGAGAUGAGACCGGUAGGGACACGAGGGAAGGUGAAGCGAAGGGCAGUGAAGAGGAAACCAUCGGUUUCAGCGUCAAGAACGCCGUCCUCUUCCCUCCUGAAGUGGAAAAAGGAAUGUGGCCGGAAAACUACUCGCUGUCGGAUCACGCUAGGCUCACCGUUGUAUUCUCGCCAAUACGAAUGCCGUCAUGCUCUCAACCGGGUUCAUGACAAAACAAGCCAAACCCUCAGAUCAGAUGCCGGGAAAAAAGCAUGAAAACAGCUCUAGGACCCAUCUGGUUCGAGUUUUGUCGGCCAUGGGCCAUGGCAGCAACCAAAACCAUCGGCUCGCAACUCUUGAAGAAGUUAGGUUCAUAGGAAUCCGUAAGCGAUGGCCCAACGAUCAUCUCUCCUUGCGGCUCUGCACCUCGAGGAAGAAGAGAGAGGAGAAGGGUCGGAAGCUUUUUAUUUCUGAUAAUUAUUAUACCACUUGUAAUCUUAAAAGCAUCAAGCUUCAUGCAUAGAUAGAUAUGAUUGUGGGGUAAAAAUUGCACGAGAAAAAAAAAUCAACUUAUUUGUGGGCUUUUCUUUUUUA